AACGGAACGGAUCGUUAAACUUUGUAUUCUGUGAUUAUUUGUGAAUAUUUUGAUAAAUAAAUAAUAACAAUUUGCAUUAUGCUCUUGCUGUGGAAAUGUGCCAGCCCAUCUUUUUAUAAUAAAAUGUAAUAUUCAAAUGUGAUCUAAAUAUUCGGAAUGCCGUACAAGUCACCGAUAUUUUGUUUGAAAUGUGGUUCCACAGACUCCCCGCUGUGGACUAAUGCUGAAAAUUUGGGUGUAAUUUGCUUGGACUGUGUCAACGAAGCAAAAGGAAACAUAAGUGAUGACAUUAAAGAAGAGGACGACGAAGUGAAACCAGUAAAGAGGAAAACGAGAACCACAAGAUCCUACAAAACAAGACUUAAUCCAAACGCAGUACCCAAGCAGGCCGCACCCAAAGGUAAAGGCCGGAGGGGCCUUCAAAAGAAAACGCCCAUAAAAGCACCCACUGCGGUGGCAACAACAGUGACAAGCCAUUAUGUCUUUUAUAAAGGGAGUUAUUUACAAAUUGGUGAUGUAGUUGCUUUAAGGGACGAAUCUGAUGACAUAUAUUAUGCCCAAAUUACCGGAUUCAUGACGGAUCAAUAUUGUAACAAAAGUGCUGUGAUUUCCUGGCUUCUUCCGACUGCCGAAAGCCCCCCUCCAAAUGAGGAAUUUGAUCCCGCGACAUACAUAAUAGGUCCAGAGGAAGAUAUUCCUCGUAAUUUAGAGUGCAUGGAAUUUGUCAUGCACGCUCCGUCAGAUUACUAUAAGUCAAAAACUUCGCCAUAUCCUUCAGUAAGUCCGAGGGCAGAACCUGGAUAUAUAUGGACCUCUCUAGACCCUAUUAAAAUGUCUUAACAACUUUUUAUUUAAAAAAAAAUGAUAUAUACACUUGUUUUAACUAUCAUAACCUAUAUUGUAAUUGGUAAAUAAAACUUUA